AUGACAGCUCAAGCUUUUCUUGAGAUAAAUGAGAUAGAGAAUCUGAAGGUCUUUGAGAAGGAGUUUUAUGACCUCCAUCAGCCCAUGAGUGAGAAGCAGAUUGCCUUCCUGCUCAAAUACCCUCAUUUUGGAAUGAAACUUAACUACAAGAUAAUGAAAGACCUAUCCAGUCAGUUUCAAUAUGACUUCCUCAAGAUUGUUGAUCAGAAUGAAGAGGAUCUAUUCAAGCUGCCUGAAAAGAAGCUAUUUGCUAAAAUUGAAGACCUGAGAGCAAAAUCUGAUGAAAACUUAAUGAUAACUUUAAAAACUUUGAUUCAAAUGUAUUCAAAAAUGGAUGCGAUUGACCCAAUGGGAGGAGAGAAUAUAGCAAUAGAGAUCUUUACUCCUGCUUUUAUAAAGGUAUUCCUUCAAGCUGAACUGAAAGGAGCAAGGUCUAAUAUAAAUUAUAUCCAUUCUGGAGACUCAGAUUCUAUUAAUGAAAGGUACACAGAGCUAUACAAGCUCUAUAGAAAAUAAUGGAACUCAAGAAGGCUUUGAUAAGUAUUUAAAGAAGGAAAAACUACACCCCUCCGGAUUCUUAGAUACUAUCUUUGAAUUCUACGAAAGAAUGCUCGAGUAUGAAGACUCUCUCCAAUUCAUGGAGAAAAUAAACUUCGGGUCUUUAAUUCAAGGUUUAAUAAAAGGAGCAAAGCAACGGAAUCUCGAUAAAUUGUACCUCUGCGUUCAGGAACAACUUGUGUUACUAGUGAAAAGAAGGAUUGACCAAAGCAAAAUUCUUCAAACCCUGAAGGACAUCAACAUCAGAUUUUACCUGAAAGAUGUUGAAAUUUUGAAAGAUAAAAUUUUAAAAGAAGUGAACUCUCUUUGUGAAGAUCCUAAGACCAUAAAAAUAAUAACUGAUCAACUAGAUUACUUGCUCACAAGAGGAGACUUGCUCCUAGAUCUGAUACCUUCAGCACUUAAGGAUAUAUUAGCUAAAGGAGAUACUGAAUUGAAUGACCUUCUUAUAAUCUACCAAUGCUUCAAAGGUAAAAGCAAGGAAUCCUUCCUCAAAGUCUUUGCCAAGUGUUACAAAGAAGUAAUGCUAGCGAAAUCAGGAAACAUGCUCCAAGAGUUUGUCAACUUUGAAUCCAAAAUUAAGGAACUCAGUAAGAAAAAGGUGUAUGACAACAUUGAUCUGCUAAAUAUCCUUUAUGAGACAAGUGCAAAUGAAGUUUUAGCUAUGAAUCCUCAAAAUCCGACUGAGGCGAUCAAUUAUAUCCAGAAGUGAUGGACAUCUACAGCUGAGAAGCCAUCUGAAGAGCUUGAAAAGUUACUGAGCCCUGCAAUGAAGUAUAUAGAUGUUAUAAAAGACAAGGAUAAGCUAGAGAUAAAUAUCAGAACUUUCUAUUUCAUUCAGAUUCUUUCUGAAAAUUCUGACUUGAACAAACUCAAAUGGCUGUUCAAUUAUCUCUUUAAUUACUUUGGAAAUACAUUGAGUAAGAUAAAGAAGCUUCUAAGAGAAGUCUCAGAUGGAGCUAAUAUAUGUGAGGAAUAUAAACAUACAAAGCAUAAAGCUUCAGUUGUGCUUGUUUCCAAUCACUCUUGGCCUCAUUUACUUUUCGAUAUGGAUCUGUUAAAGAAGGUUAAAAUCCAUCCUUCUUUAACAAACUUUAAUACAGAAUUUGAGACAUUUUAUGGGGAUAAGUUCAAACAUCAGAAAUUAAUGUAUCUCCCUCUAUUUGGAAUUGUUGAAGUUCUGGAUAAAAGCCAAGGAAUAGCUAGAACUAUCAAUGUAAACCCUCUUCAGGCAUCUAUCCUUAUGUGCUAUAAUGAUAAAGAUUCUUUACUGAUAUCCGAACUAGAGGGGUUGUUCUGAGUAGAUAAAAAGCAUAUUUAACAAAUGCAUUGCUCCUUUCAUACCAGAGAUAUUGAAGCUUGAAUCUGACGCCUUAUCUCUAUGAGCACUAGGGAGCGGAUUUGCUAGUGAUAUAAAUGUAUCAGAAAGCUCAACAAAUGUGUUCUCUGACUCUAAGUACUAUGUCUCAUAUGCUUCUUCUGAAGUGUUCAAGGAGAGCAUCACUUCGGAUAAACAAGUUUAUGAAGCCUUUAAGAUGGAAGAAGCUCACUCAUCUGUCAUUCAAAGCGCCAUAGUCAGAAUACUGAAGGAAAAGCUAGUUUAUGAUUAUACAAAUCUGAAGAAAGAUGUUUACCAACGACUUGCCUCUAAGUUUACAGUUAUCGAAGAAGAAUUUGACGCAUCUCUCAAGAAAUUAGAGCAAAAAGGCCUUUGUUCAUCCAAAGGUGAUGGGUUUUACGAAUAUACUGACUAA